AUGGACUCUACAACUAGCGUGGGACGUGGGCCAAACGUAAACAAUCAACGGCAAAUUUGGACGUUUGAAGAAGAACGUGCAUUAAUCCAAGGAUUAAAGAAGCUCAUUGCCCGUGAAAUGAAAGCCGGCAAUGGGUUCCGUUCGGGUAUGGAAAAAAACUAUGUUUUACUUGCACCAUUGCUUCAAAACACUUCCGGUGUUGGGUGGUCUGAAUCCGGCCACAUACUAGAAGUAGAAGAGCCCGUGUGGAACGGUUUUGUGAAGGGUGUUGAGAGUAGUGCAUUCGAGAAGGGUAAACGGGUAGGCAAACGUAAACGUGUUAAAGAUGCGGAGGUUGAAGUGGUGGGCCUACUGUCUACUUUAUGCAAGAAAGCCGAUCAACGUUGGGGUCAAAUGGUGGAACAUAUUGGGGUCCAGCACGAGGCGAAGGAGCAACGAAAACAUUUGUUCCUUCAUCGUAAGAUUAAUCCAAUGGAUCGUCAUGAAAGCAUGCCACGUAUUGUGGAGAGGUAUUGUCGCCCCAGUUGGUCACCGAAUGAGGAAAGGGAGUGCUAUCGGCUUUUCUUCAACAUUUGUUGUGAAACUCCCGACGUGAACGUACCUGCCGUCUUCAACUCCAUAUGGCCACACCUUUUGAUACAACUGACCGAAGAGAUGCUAACAUAUUUCUCCAUGCUGAAGUUCCUCACAUUUCUUGGGACUCCCGCUGUGGAGGUGCAUGCGGAAUCAGGUCUUGUCACUGUAACUCCUACAUACUGGGCAUACGUCGGUCGGGAAAUGAAUUUGGAAUACUUUUUCCGUCAUGUUGGGUUCCCAUGGUACAAAGAGUGUGUGGAGCUGUGGGAUCUUAGAGAUGCGGCUAGUGUGCACAUGGAGCUCGGUGAAAGAGUCCAUGAGCCCAUCAUGUUUGACGACACGGAUGAGGAAAUUGUUGCUGCCGAUGACCCCAACGGGGCAAACGGUGCUGACUUGGAUUUUAGGAAUGACGAGGGUGUCGGGGCUGCCGGGCUAGAGUACAUGAACAACGGCGCCAAUAAUGUGCAUGAACUUGAUGAUGACGUGGAAGUGGAGGAACAUUAUAGAUCUCGACACAGACGUCGUCUCCUGCGUUGA